AUGAUAUUAUUUUCUUCAUCUGAUGGAAUUAAACAUUUUGGUGAAUUUUAUCUUGCUAAGACAAUUGUUAUUUCAGAAAUGAAUACAGUUGCAUCGAAUAAUUUUGAUCAAAAAUAUUUUGGUGAGAAAGAAGACAAACAAAGAUCAGAUUUAAAUAUUUCAAAAAGAAAACAAAAUGAUAAUCAUUCAUGGAUUGAUCAAGCAUUUUCACCAUAUGAUCUUAUUGAACAAAAUUCUAGAGAAGAUCUUUCAAAUAAAAUAUUACAUACAGUUUUAUAUGGUCAAGUUCAUAAAUUAAAACGACUUAGAAAUACAAAUAAAGAAAGAACCAUUAACAUUCAUCAUCUAAACGAUCGAAAUCACCUGAAAGCUGAACAAAUAACUGCAAAAGAUGAUCAAACAGAUCGACCAUUUUUUUUCUUCGACUUUUUAUUAGAUGCUGGUGGAGAAUGUGAAGAAGCAGCUGUCAAGAAACGAUGUCUUGGCAUUGCUAAACUCAUCUCCAAUCUGAUCGAGAAAAAGAUGAAAAACAUUGUUAUGAUGAAUGUCAUUGAUGGAAAUAUUCCACGUCCAUUACGAUCAUGGGAUGAAGCUGAACUUUAA